AUGGGCAACAGUCUGAAAGCCAUAGUUGCUUUUGUGCCCUCCAAUGGGUGCCAAAAGUACCUCCUUGAAGACCUAGAAGAGAUGCCAGUGGAUAAAAUGGUGGAUCUGAGUGGUAAGCAGCUGAGGCGGCUGCCUCUGCACAUUUGCUCUUUUAGGGAACUGGUUAAGCUGUACCUGAGCGACAACAACCUGAACCACCUGCCUCCCGAGCUGGAGCAGCUGCAAAACCUGCAGAUCCUGGCGCUGGACUUCAACAACUUCAAAGCUCUGCCCUUGGUCGUGUGCACGCUGAAGCAGCUCUGCAUCCUCUACCUGGGCAACAACAAGCUCUGCAGCCUGCCCCUCGAGCUCCGGCUCCUGCAGAACCUCAAGACCCUGUGGCUCGAGUCCAACUGCCUGCAGUUCCUGCCCGAGGUGGUGUGUGAGCUCAGCCUGCUCAAGACCCUGCACGCCGGCUCCAACGCCCUGCGCACGCUGCCCCCCCAGCUGCGCCGCCUGCGGGAACUGCGCACCAUCUGGCUGUCGGGCAAUCUGCUGUCCGAGUUCCCCCCUGUCCUCCUGGACAUGCCUUUUCUGGAGGUGAUCGAUGUGGAUCGCAAUUCCAUCCGGUUCUUCCCCAGCCUGGCUCACCUGCCCGGCCUGAAGCUGGUGAUCUACGAUCACAACCCUUGCGGGAACGCACCCAAAGUGGCCAAAGGGGUGCGCAGGGUAGGGAGGUGGUCAGAGGAGACCCCUGAGCCCCGCAAGAGGUCUGGGGCAGUGAUAGAAAUCUCUCUUAAUGAGAAACCAUCACUACCUGCUGCUGCCAAGCCCGAGCCAGAGGCCGAGCCCUGCUGA